GUCGUUCUUACUCUCGCUACCAGUACAUUAAGAUGUCUCCGGCAAAUCUCAACUUCACCUCUCUUGCUGCUAACGCUGUUAUUCCGAGCAGCGGCAACAACUACGUUGUUGAGAACCUUGCAUUCGCUCACGUCCUCGACAACUCGAACUCAUUGCCCGUUGACGGUAAUCCCGUUCUUGCUUGGUCGCAGAACAGUCCCCAGACUUCGAACCAAGUCUGGACCUACCUUACCUAUCCGUCGAGCAGCGGAGACAGUGUGUUUACCCUCCAGGCGCUGUCCACUGUUCAGAGCGGAAAUUCUGUCGAUGUAAUCGGCGGUCGAGGAGGCUACUUGCGUCUUGACCCAUCCACGAACAAGGUUGUACACGGAGGCCAGCCGCAAGCUUGGAAGCUCGUCGAGAUAGCGCCGACUAUCUACAAGAUUUCUCCUUUCGAAGACAUCAUGUCUAACAGUGGAAAGCUUGUCGCGACCGACAUCAACCCAACGACUCAGAGCAUCUCACAGAACCAGUUGGUUAUUCAACAAGAUGUUUCGUCCCUCCAGCAGCUCUGGACCUUCAACUAAGCGGUGCAAAAUACUUGUAACUGCUAGCAGGUAAAGGGGAGGAUGUUUAUCUGGGUAUAGAGUCGAGUAUAUUGUCGGUCGUUACUAUUUGCUUGGAAUUUUUUUGUUCCCUAUUCGAUCUGCAGAGUAUUAUUGACGUUGCUGUGCUUCUUAUAAGUCUUUUCAACGUGGACUGUUAAAUUUGACAGUAGAACACAAAACCCAAUAAUCGAAACAGCUCAAAAUCUUCGAAA